AUGAGUGUCAAACCAGUGGUUCUAAGAUUAGGUAAAGUGGCAUACGCCAACGAUGCUUGGAAAAAUUUGAGCAAGAUCGCCAAUGUGGUUACUAUCCCAGAGACUACCACUCGUGAAGAGUUUUUGAAAACUUUGAAGGACCCAAAGAGCGAAGUGUCUAAAGCUCAAAUCAUCACUAGAACUUUCGCCAGUGUUAAGCAAACUGGUAGAUUUGACGAAGAACUGGCUCAAAGUUUGCCAAAAUCUGUCGUUGCUGUUUGUCACCUGGGUGCUGGUUAUGAUCAAAUUGAUACCCAAUAUUUCAAAGACAGAAAGAUCCAGGUCACUAAUGUCCCAGAAUUGGUCAAUGACUCAACAGCAGAUACUCAUGUUUUCUUGCUGUUAGGUGCCUUGAGAAACUUCGAAUACGGUCAACGUAAUUUGCUUGCAGGUAAAUGGCCUUCUGUCGGUGCCGCAGGUGGUGCUCCAGUUGGUAAUGACCCCGAAGGAAAGGUCGUUGGUGUGCUUGGUUUGGGUGGUAUUGGUCGCACGAUCGUCAAGAGAUUGCAACCAUUCGGAUUCUCCAAGUUUCUCUACCACAACAGGAAUAGAUUGAGUCCAGAGCUUGAAAAUGGUUGUGAAUACGUCUCAUUUGAUGAACUAUUGGCUCAAUCCGAUAUUAUCUCCGUCAAUAUUCCACUGAACAAGAACACAAGACAUAUUUUGGAUGCUAAGACAUUUGAAAAGAUGAAGGAUGGUGUUGUUGUGGUUAACACUGCUCGUGGUGCUGUCAUUGAUGAAGCCGCUUUCAUUAAUGCUUUGAAAUCAGGUAAGGUUAGGGCCGCUGGUUUGGAUGUCUUCGAACAUGAACCACAAGUCCCACAGGAAUUGCUAGAUAUGCCUCAAGUUUUGGGUCUGCCUCACAUGGGUACCAACUCCUUUGAGACCAUCAAGCACAUGGAAGAGUUUAUUGUCGAGAACGUCGAAAAUAUCAUCAAGAAGGGUAGAGGUAUAACCAUCGUGCCGGAAUUGAAAGGUGAAUCUUGGAUCGAUGAAAGCAAGCCACUGGCUUAA